CCAGUCAUCAUCCUUCUUCUUUCUUUCUUUCUUCUUCCAUCUUCCCAAUGACCAAAAGGAAAAGCCAAAGAGAAAGAGUUAUAAUUGAUUGAUUGCCUCUCCCCCUCCUUCUUUUUCUCCCUUUGUUAUGUGCUCUAAUUAUGAUCCAAUCUGCUCUUCCUCUUCUGGGUUUCUGUCCCCAACCUCUCCUCCUUCCUUCCACCACCGCCAUCAUUAUUUGCGUCGCAACCACCGUCUCCACCUUCACCGCCGGCAGCUCUCCCUCUUAGAUCGGAUCCCUUCACAUUAGCCCAUGAGAAAUUGAAAACCCCAAAUUCACAAAUCUCUCUCUUUCCCUCCCUCUCUCAAAUGCAUUAAAUUAACCAGGAGUGGAAAAGAUCUCCCCGCCAUUAAUUAAACAUUUCAUUGUCAUCUCCGCCAUAAAUCCCCAACUGGGUUCCUUGAAGAAGGUGAAAAGCUUUCAGCUUUGAGCUGAAUUUCGGAAUUUGUUUCUGGGUUUUUCCUUUUUUUGGGAAGGAAGGGAAGAACAAUGGGGAAUGUGACGUCGAACGUGGCGGCGAAAUUCGCCUUCUUCCCGCCGGACCCGCCGACGUACGACGUGUUGGAGGAGGAAGAAGGGAGGCUGGUGGUGCCAGGUGUCACGGCGGACAAGAACAUGGAUGUUCAUACGCUGGAUACCAAAGCUGGGAACAAAGUUGUGGCCAUGUUCUGGAAGCACCCUUUUGCCAGAUUCACCAUGCUCUAUUCCCAUGGCAACGCCGCCGACCUCGGCCAAAUGCAUGAGCUCUUCAUCGAGCUCAGGGCUCAUCUCCGAGUCAACAUCAUGUGCUAUGACUAUUCAGGGUAUGGAGCAUCCUCUGGGAAGCCCUCCGAGUUGAACACGUACUAUGACAUAGAAGCAGUGUACAACUGCUUGAAGGAUGAAUAUGGGGUGAAGCAGGAGGAAUUGAUACUCUACGGACAGUCUGUUGGCAGUGGCCCGACGCUUCAUUUGGGUUCUCGAUUGCGUGACUUGAGAGGCAUCGUGCUUCACAGCGCGAUCCUUUCGGGUAUACGGGUGUUGUACCCUGUCAAGGUGACACUUCCCUUCGACAUCUUCAAGAACAUUGACAAGAUUCGACAUGUCAGCUGUCCUGUUCUUGUCAUUCAUGGCACGAGUGAUGAGAUUGUCGAUUGGUCUCACGGGAAGCGCCUGUGGGAACUCGCGAAGGACAAAUACGACCCUUUGUGGGUCAAGGGUGGCGGCCACUGCAACCUUGAGACGUACCCUGAGUACAUCAAGCACUUGAAGAAGUUCAUCAACGCGAUGGAGAAGAUCGCCAUAACGAAACCAAUGAAGCAAGCCAGUUGCGAAUCUGCUAUGGAGUCCAAGCAGAGCAAGUGCUUAAGAUUCGGGUUGAAAAGCCGUGUGGAGCAACAAUCUUAGUACUGUAAGGUGGAAGGAGGAGGAGGAGGAGGAGAAGGUUAGUUUGCAUUGCUAGAGUAAACACCAGCCAAAGUCAAGUUUUGAUGUGAUUUUCUGAAGUCUCAGCAAUCCCAGACCCAUGAUCAUAUAUUGAGAGAAAUUUUCAUGUGUAUAAGUCCAUUUUUGUUGUGGGAGUGGAGACCCAAUACAGGGUUGGUGUCUGGUGUUUGAGAAGUGAAUGUGGGUUGCUUGUUCUGUGAGGGAAAAGGAAUCCAAUAUAGGUGUGUUGAUUGAUCAUUUAGAUUUGUUUGUGUAAUGUUAUGAAAGUUAGUCCCCCUUUUUUGUUUGUUUGUAAAGAAAAGAAAGAUACAAAAUCAAAAGUGUCAUUUUGGUAUCCUCAAUUUUCCUUGCAUUAAGUCCUUAUAAUAUAAUGUUGAAUUUU